GCUGUAGUGUAUGUUGGGGACCACUUUGGCUUUCCAAUUAUCCCAGAAUGUCUCAGUUGGCUCAGCAGAUGAAAAACCAGCUGCAUCCUCCCAUUCUUCCUGGAGCUUGUCUUCAGUGCAUCUCUGACACACAGAAUAAUUCUAAAUGCUCCACUAAUGAAGAAAUACCUGCUUCUGCCUGUGCUCUGCCACUGUUGACAGUGAAGAAAACAAAACUGGUCUCCUUAACCCAAGAUUAUCUGCAAUAUGUGCUCCAGGAAUCACACCUCGGACCAGCCCAAACCAGGGUUGCUCAUGUCUUGCGAAGCAUUGCAUCUUCUCUGCAAGAUCAAACCGAGGAGGCUCUCAGACCACUCUUGGACAGGAUUGAUAUCACCUCUGUAGCUGUUGCCAAGAGAAUUUUCAAUGGUGUCAUGGAAGAAAAGUUUGCUGAUGGAAAUACUAACUGGGGACGAAUUAUGACCAUAUUCACAUUUGGAGGUCUUCUCACUAAGAAGCUUCAGGAGCAUGGAGUUCAGCUGACUGCAGAGGAGAAGGAGCAGAUCUCCUAUUUCAUCACAGAGUACAUCAUAAACCACAAAGCCGAAUGGAUAGAUGCGAACGGUGGCUGGGAAAAUGGCUUCCUAACAAAGUUUGAAAGAAGAUCACUACUAUCUUUCUCCAAAAUUACAGCCCUGUUCAUAGCUGUUUUCUCCUUGCUCAGAGAGUACUACUGAAGUAAAAGGACCUGCCAUUUAUGUGUAAUCUAGGUAUUGCCACAACCUUCACUUCUCAGCCUUCCUCCAAGACAUGUCAACAAGAAAAUAAUUUCCUUCCAUGAUUUGUUUUUAAUUUAUUUGUAUUUAUUUUGACUAAAUACAAUGUUUAACAUGCUAUCCUAAUUACCAAACCUGAAAAUGAGAUCCCUCCUAAGAGGAAUCCACACAACAUCAUGCAGCAAUUCAAGUCUACCUUUCCAGGCAGGAUUGAGAUAAUUUUCCACAUCCAGACAGCUCUUGGAAUCUCUCUUGAAUCUCCAUGAAAGGACAUUGUUUUAGCGAAAUACAAUCCAAUGGGUUAAGAAACGAGUUUUUAUGUCAUUUGUUUUGUAAAUGAAAUACUACUGUAAUGCAUUUUAUUGCAAUCCUUGUAUAAGCCAAAGGGGGAGAUUUUUAUGAAGAAAAAAAGGAAUGCAAAUUCCAAUAUAAAAGCGGUUAGAAGUUACUGACACAGACUAAGCAAUUUCUACGGGAAGAACUAUUUGUGGAAGCUAGCAACUUAAAAAU